AUGGAGCCUCACAAUAAUCCAAUGGGACACCCAAUGGAACCUCACACUACAACUACAUUAGACCAAAUUAUGAACAACAACAUGAACAACAACAUGAACAACCAAUUCCAACCCCAAUCCCAAAUCCCCAUGCCCCCUCCGCCUCAACCUCAACCCGAACCCGCCCCUCUCAUCGAGAUCCUCAUCUGCAUCAACUCCCACGGCACCCUAAUCUGCAUCCAAUCCAACAACGCCCAACCAACAAGCACCGCAAUCCCCAUCGAAACCAUCAUCGCCAAUCCCACCUCCUACAUCUUCGCCUUCCGCGACCCCAUCGCCCUGCACUACGCCUUCUCCAACCAAGCCACCUACUCCCUCAUCACCCGCCACGCGCACUACAUCCGGCUGUACCUCCUUCACGACCUGCAAAUCGGCUACCGGCCAAGCUCUCCCACCCCCAUGCCCUUGUCACCCCUCAACAUCGACAAUCUCUUCUUCUACGACAGUGCCGCCGACCCCAACACGAAGUACAUCACGCCGCCCAGAAUCCUCUGUAUGCCCCUCGUCAGACAGCCCCAAAGGAUGGACAAUAACAGGGUCUGCACCAUCUCGUGGCCGGGUUUUGAUGCACUCAUGAACAAUUGGCGGUAUGCGUGUAGGGCGAUUCCUUGGGGCCAUGAUAUCUGGUAUUUGGUUUUUAAUCUUGCGUCGAGGGGGGCGAGGGUGCCGCAGGGGGUGAGUAGGUCGUUGCAGAUGCUGAGCACGGCGGUUUGUUUGAAGGAGAGGGUGAAGGGGAGGUUUCGGUGUGUGGUGGAGGGGUGUUCCAGGGGUGUGGUGGAGAGGUUUGAUGAGUUUUUGGUCGCUAAUGUGGCGGUUAUGGGAUGGUCGGUUGUCGGGGAUGACGAUGAGGUUAGAGUUGAGGGGUGGGGUGAUGGGGGUGGUGGUGGUGGUGCUGUUGCUGCUGAAUGUGUGGUGAUUGAUUGA